GAGACCCAAAAAGUCAUGCACAUUAUCUAUGGGAUUCAUAGAUAUUUGACUACAUAGUUCAAUGUGCACAUUUUGUACACAUAGAGGUGCUGAUGAAUGAAAACACCUAAAACGACGCGAUGACCGCUCUCAGGUUCCUCUCUGAUCAAACGAUCGCCAAAAAUUGCUUAUAAUAAUGCAUAUAUAUUCUUCCUUAAAAUUGUAUUAUUUGACUUUCUUGCAUCCAUCUAAAACAAUCAUUAUUUUGGCUGUGUUUCAAAAUUGUUGUCAGUACUGAAAAUCUAUUAUAGUGUACGUAACAGAAACUAUAAAUUUUCAGUACUGACAGCAAUUUUGAAACACAGCCUUUGUUUGUGAUUGAAAAACUGUAAUAAUCGUACGACUUAUUUACGCCAGUAUGAGCGGAUCGGAAAAUUUACAGUUUAGCUUCCAUAAAUUAUUUUCCUCCUGUCAAUGCUUAAAAAAAUCGACUUGGUCUAUCCAUACUAACUCACCGUUGAUAAUAAUUAAUUUAUCUAUACUAACGCUAUGCAAAAAUUGAAAACAUUUAAAUUGACAAUUAACUUAUUUUUCGAAUUUUUCCAGUGUCUUAAAUUGAAAGACAUCAGUUACAAAUAUAUAGUGAUUAAUAUUAAAUGAAAAUCUGAAAAAAAAACAUGCAAGUACUUUUAAUAUACUCAAAAUAAAUGCAAUUUAAUAUUAUCCAGUAUUACAUUUUUAUAAAAGUAAACGAAAUAAUCCAGAUAAUCAUGACGUAGCAUUUUUACUUCUUAAGGUGCGAAUUCAUGCAACGAGAAAUCGCUGGCGACUUGGGAGAAGUGGGAGAAAAGUGACGCCAGCGACAAAUAUCCGUCGCUUUUCUCCCAAAAAUAAUUAUAUAAUCUUUAAAAAUAUUUUUUGAAAAUAAAUUUGUAAAAUAUAUUUAUAAAUAUUUAUGAUAAUAUUUUGUGCUAUCUGGGAAGAGCCGUCAAGAAGCGAUUGCAACUGCUGUAAUGUUGGAGUUGCAAAGAAUGCAAAAGAAGCGAGAUUACAAAAAGAAGCAGUGUUCACGAUUAUUCAUAUUGCUCCUUUUUCUCCUUUCCCGCGUGUAUAUCCGAAUAUUGCUCCUUGAAAGGCGCGAUGUGGCGACUUGUCGAUGCUGUUCAGACAGGACGAACUUCCGACGAUUUGUCGCUACUACACAGUAUCUACGUAGAGGGGGGAAAGUCGCCAGCGAUUUCUCGCUGCAUAAAUUCGCAUUCGCACUUUUACGUAGAUGAGACCCGAAAGUUUUUCUGACGUGUUCUGGGUUUGACGUACCAAAGCCACAUUUCUGACUGCACUAGUUCUGACGUACUAGGAAUACGAGGAUCAGGAUGAACGCGAAGCAUCUAAGUACCGGUUCGGUACCACUGCCCCUCGUACCCGGCAAAAUACGCUUGUACAGCAUGCGCUUCUGCCCGUACGCACAGAGAAUACACCUCGUACUGGAUGCUAAGCGAAUUCCAUACGACAUUGUGAAUGUGAAUCUAACGCACAAGCCAGAUUGGUUGAUAGAAAAGAGCCCCUUGAAUAAAGUUCCUUGUAUCGAAUUGGAGAAUGGAGAAACGCUGUAUGAAAGCCUAAUUAUCGCUGAUUAUCUGGACGACGCAUAUCCGCAGAACAAGCUGUAUCCAAGUAAUCCUUUAGCAAAAGCUAAAGAUAAAUUAUGGAUCGAUAGAUCUAAUACAGUAGCAUCGAAUAUGUAUAAGACACUUUAUUCAGAAAUAGCAUUGCAGCAGGAUGCAACAUUCAAUGAGAUGUUAACUGGCUUAGAAUUCUUUGAUCGAGAAUUGACGAGGAGAGAAACUCCCUUUUUUGGAGGCAGCAAACCUGCUUGAAUGGAGAGUUGCCAUGAAAGAGGAUCCUGCGGUGAGCGGCAGUUUUUUGGAUACCGAAGUACAUGCCAAGUAUAUGCGCAGUCGUCUAGCAGGGACACCUCAAUAUGAUUUAAUAGUCAAUAGCUAAAGCUAAUCC